AUGAUGGACACGGAAGCCGCGGUCGACUACUUCUCGCUGCAUAGCCGCAAGAAGCGCGAUGUGGACGUCGAGAUGCUCGACUACGACUAUGUCGACAAGUGCACGGAUGCAGACUUGCUCAAGAACAUCCUCGCCGUGCUGCAGUCGGGCAAAGAAGGCAAGUACCCACAGCUCGAGCGGGCGACCGAAGCCCAACUGCUCAAGGUCCUCCCCAAGGCCGAGCGCGACCGCAUCGAGCGGCUCCAGUCCCAGCCAUCCUACUCGGACAUUGACUCGGAGAAGGCGGCGCUUGCGUCAUGGGAACGCGACAUGGAGCAGAAGCUCCAGCGGCUCGACGUCGAAGCCCAGCGCAUUGCGGCGCCGCGGAAUCGCCCAGCGGUGCGCGGCCGUGCCCAACCGACAAACGCGCCGCCGUCGCCGUUGAUCCAAGAGGUCCAAGAGGUGACGACCUCGAAGAAGAAGCAGGCGAUUCCCGCGUACGACUGGCGGUCGUGGGAAAAGUACGACGUCGAAGCGGCCGAGCGCGAGCUGGAUGCGGAGGAGCAGCGCAAACAAGACGACGCGCGUCGGCAGCGCGACGAGCUUCACGCGCGGACCGCGCGCCGCGUGAAGGAGGCUCAAAUGCCCGUCUCGGUUGACCUCGACGUCCUCACGCCGACCGAACGCGAGGUGUACGCGCUCCAUGAGAAGACCAAGGGCAACGAGUGCUUCAAGCUCGGCGAGAACGACGAAGCGAUUUUGUAUUACUCGCGGAGCCUUGCGUACGACCCGAGCAGUGCGAUUGUCCAUGCCAACCGCGCGCUCACCCACCUCCGCCUCAAGAACUUGACCAGCGCCGAGGACGAUUGCAGCAGCGCGAUUCAGCUCGACCCAACGUACACGAAAGCGUGGUCGCGUCGCGGCAUGACGCGCUUCCGCCGUGGUAAGUACGCCGAGGCCGUCAGCGACUUUACGCAGGCGCUGGUCCUCGAACCCGGCAACCGUGAAGUUGAAAAGCUGCUAAAGAAGACCGAGGAAAAGUGGCUGGAAGUGGAUGGAACGCGCGGCGGGACGCUGCAGCCCGAAGCGCCAGCGCCGACAACAACGCCUUUUAAGCGGUUCGAGAUCAUCGAAGACGACGAAGAGGAGGACGUCCGUCCUGCACCGACGACGUCGCAGCCCUUCAAGCGCUUCGAGAUCAUUGAGGACGACGACGAUGAUGACGAUGACGACGAUGAUGAUGAUGAGGCGCACGAAGCCGAGCCAACGGACGUGCCACGUUUCCAAGUGCUAGAAGACUAAGCGCGCAUAGGUGUGUAUGUAUUGGCAAGGACUUGUGUAUAGCAGU